AUGCGCAGCAUUGAACUGUCUAUCUCUAAUCUCCGCAAAGCAGAAGAUCUGUGGUACAACGACGGAACGAUCGUCAUCAUCGCCGGCACCACCGCCUUCUGCGUGUACAGCAGGGUUCAAGUUAAAGCAGUCUCCUCCGUGUUCGGAGACAUGCUGAACCUUCCCCGAGAAGGCGAAUACGAAACUGUGGAAGGACGUGUUGUCGUGCGCGUCCCAGAUUCCGAGAUCGAUAUGUCGCAUUUCCUCCGAAUGGUGUUCCGCCCGGGCUACGACAGUCUCGCCUACGAGGCGGAACCAAUAGCCUUCUCGGCACUCGCGUCCUUCCUCCGCAUCGCUCACAAAUACAACGUAGAAAAGGGCGUCGCCGUCGCCGUCGACCGUCUCUCGCGCCGUUUCGGCGCGCCGCUCCACACUUCACUCGGUCACCGUACCGCCUGGGACAAGGUCGAAGCCCACCUCAACGCCUCCUCACGGGUCACGUUCGACCCCGCCGAUGCCAUCGAAGCCGUCAACCUCAUGCGUCUCGUCAACUCUUCCGCGACAAGCGCAGACUCCCCGCCCCGCUUCACUGACGUUACGAUGGCGGUCGCGUUGACAUCAGGAAAACCCCAAAAUCCUAAUUAUUUUGACCCUUCUAACACGUACUAA